AAGGACUGAUUCUGGGAAAGACAUUCACUUGACUCUCAGCUGGGCUAAUUUUGCAGUUACACAGCGUUGAAUUUCCCGUAAAACUUGUAGGCUUAUAUAUUUUUUUUAGAUAGUAAUAUAGAAAGUCACAGUUUAGGUUUAAGUUAAUUCAUAUGGUGGAUACAGCUUGUCAGACUUUUGAAGUCCUUGCAUGGAGGUCACGCUGAAAACAAUCAUAGCAGCAGCACAUGAUGAAGUGACUGGUGGUGGUGGUCGUCGCCGCUGCUGCUGGCCGUAGAGGAUCACUUUCUCACGCUUGUUUGAGGAGCUGCUGCUGCUCUCCUCGACAGCGUCCAUUCAUGGCGUCCGUGUACAGCGGAUCUCAUACCUUGAGCAAAGAUGAUGUGAAUUACAGAAUGCAUUUCCGAAUGAUAAACGAGCAGCAGGUUGAAGAUAUCACCAUAGAGUUUUUCUACAAGCCUCACACGAUAACGCUGCUGACAUGCACGGUGCUCAGUUUGAUGUAUUUCGCCUUCACAAGAGAUGAUGGAAAUCCUGACAGUAAUCUCUGGGUGGGGCUCAUCCUGGUUAUCUCCUUCUUCCUUGUCAUCAGUGUUUUGGCAUUUCCUAACGGUCCAUUCACCCGACCACAUCCAGCAAUAUGGCGAAUAGUUUUUGGUCUGAGCGUGCUCUACUUCCUGUUCCUGGUUUUCAUCAUCUUCCUCAACUGGCAGCAGGUGAAGCAGUUAAUGUACUGGUUGGACCCAAACCUGCGUUACGCCAAAAGAGAGGCAGACAUAAUGGAAUAUGCUGUGAACUGCCAUGUCAUCACUUGGGAAAGAAUCCUGAGCCAUUUUGACAUUUUUGCAUUCAGCCAUUUUUGGGGCUGGGGUAUGAAGGCCUUGCUCAUUCGAAGCUAUGGCCUCUGCUGGACCAUAAGUAUUACCUGGGAGCUUACUGAGCUUUUCUUUAUGCAUCUGCUCCCUAACUUUGCUGAGUGCUGGUGGGACCAAGUGAUUCUUGACAUUCUGCUGUGUAAUGGAGGAGGCAUCUGGCUUGGCAUGACUGUCUGUCGCUUUUUGGAGAUGAGGACGUACCACUGGGCCAGUAUUAAGGACAUCCACACCACCACAGGAAAGAUCAAACGAGCUGUAUUACAGUUCACACCUGCAAGCUGGACAUAUGUACGCUGGCUUGACCCAAAGUCUUCGCUGCAGCGAGUGACGGGUGUCUAUCUGUUCAUGAUCAUCUGGCAGCUGACAGAGUUGAACACAUUCUUCCUCAAGCACAUUUUUGUCUUUCCCGCAAGUCAUGCUCUUAGCUGGUGUCGGAUCCUGUUCAUUGGUAUCAUCACAGCUCCAACAGUGAGGCAGUACUAUGCGUACCUCACAGACACACAGUGCAAGAGAGUUGGGACACAGUGCUGGGUGUUUGGGGCAAUAGCCUUUCUGGAGGCCUUGGCAUGUAUCAAGUUUGGACAGGACUUGUUCUCAAAAACACAGAUUCUCUAUGUGAUCCUCUGGCUGCUGUGCCUGGCCUUCAUUACAUUCCUGUGCCUGUAUGGAAUGGUGUGGUUUGCUGAAAAUUAUGGUCCAAGAGAAAAGAGCCUUUCAGAAUGUGAAGACAGUAAUUACGCAGAAUCUGCUGAUUGCAUGUCAGAAGGAUUUAAAGGAGAGACUGAGGUGGACUGCAACAACCCAACAACCAGACACAGAGGAAAGGGCCUAGGAAAGACCAAAUCCAUUAACGGCCUGGACAGCCAGUAGGACUUGGAACUGUAGUCUGGCGGGCGACUCCUGAACUCACUCCAAGGAGCUAUGUGUGAAGAAUCACAGGAUGAAAAGGGGGUAAAGAUACAACCGCUUCCUGGUAUAAUUGAAGUCUAGAAAGCCACCUACAGUUGAGGGAGUAGAGACAGCCGAGACUAAGUGGAUGAACGGGUCCGUGCAGUGUUAUUAAGAGUGCACAGACGCUUGGGCUACAGAGGUACACAUUUAACUGUGUGCUGUAGUCUUAAAGAAAAACUCCCAAACUAUUCAUCACAGGUUUCUGCGUGUGAAAAGAGAAAGAAAGGGGGAUAUUUUGUGUGUGUGUGAGAGAGCGAGAGAGAUGACAAUAAAAACUGCAGAUUCUAGAUGUGAUUGCAUGAUAAUUGUAGCUGACAAACUUUAACUUUCAAAAAUGUAUCCUGCGAUACAGUAUAAAAUUGAUGGUUAAUGUACAUUUGACUGGCUUACACCAGCCUAAACUCCAGUGUGUUGUUUCAGCACAUUUCAAUGUUAAAAGCCAUUAUUUAUCACAAAAGUUAGAGCCUCUAUGUUUGUAGCACAGAAAACCUAAAGUCUUUUUAUUAGUAUGUGUUUUGUUAGCUGUUGAAUUACAUAUAGAUGUUCACACUUAUUUCAUGGGCUUGAAUGUUGGCAGGAUUUCAAUGCAAGACAGCUUUCGCUUGGUAUCAACUGAGGUUUGUGUUUGACCUGGAACAAAGCAAAGCACACAGUUUAAGCACUUUCCAGGAUGUUUCUUGCAAAUACUGUACAUUUUGUAAUGUGUGAGUAUGUUGUGAAUCAUUGUGACCUUGAGUGAUUUUACUCUCCUAUCCAUCUGUGGCUGCUAUCAUAUAUUUUUUUAAUGUACCGAUAAUGGAGGGCAAUUAUUCAAUUUCCUGCAUGUGUUGUCAGACUCUACCUGUCUGUGUGCAGGUGCUUUUGAUUUAUUGUCGGCCUUCUUGUUAUUUCAUAUAUUGCCUUUGCAUGGCUGUGUCAGAUCAAAUCAAGUGUUUUAAUAGAUAAAAGAGAAGUCAACAAAUCUUAAUAUCACAACACACACCAUGAUGCCAGUAUUUUUGGUUUUAUCUCUUUCACUGCUGUCGUAACAUUUUAAUUUUGUGCCUGUUUGCAUGAUCUUUUUUCUUUUCUUUUUUUUCCCCAACUUCUCUAAGUUUGUACUCAUUUAUGAAUUUAUACUGUUUGUGUUUGAUUCUUCUUUGCUUCGAGUGGCACACUGAAGGUUUAUUUUCAUUUGCUCUGUCAGCAUCAUCUCAAUACAGAUAUAUCCCUCAUAAUCCUCGACAAUCCAGACGUUGACCUCUGUGGAAUGGACCAGGCUUACGUGCUACACUAGACUCUAUAAAUGGUACAUUGUUUCUGGAUUUAGAUGUCAUUUGCCAAAUGCAGUUCUGUUGAAAAUGACUUGCGCUGUUUUCUUUUUCACUGUGAAAUAAUGAAACAUAUUAAAAUGCUUUACAUUUCCUC